CGUUAACACGCGGAGUAAAGUUUUAGUCUUUGACUGACCAUAUCGAUGAAUAGUUUGACGUUCUGUUAAAAUCUGUGUUAAAAUGUUCGUUUCUUUUAAUUUAAUAAUUUAAAAACAAAAGAAAAUCAAAUUAAAAUGCAUUUAAUCGUAUUAGAAAUUUAACGUAUUCAGUGAAUUUUAUCAGACGAGUUAAUAUUUAAAUGAUCAUAAACUACCAGAAAACGUGUAGAAGAAAAUUCACUUGGAUUGCAUUUGGACUUCAUUGAAUUAAAAAAAUGAAAAUUUUUCAUGAAAUUUUCUGCCUGAUUUUAUUUCUUCAAUAUGUCAUUUGUCGACCAACGGAACAACCGACAAAGUUCAGUUUGAAUAAUUCGUUGAAACUUGAAGAAAUUACUAAUGAUAACAAAAAUGAACCAACAAUGUUCCAGCAAGGAAUGGAAUUGUUAGGCAAUUUUGCGGAUAAGAUUAGAUUCGGCAGAGGGAGAUUUGUCAAUUCAGUGGUAUUAUUCAAAAACAUCAUGCAGGACGCAGGAGAGGAAUGGUUAGACCGAAUAGCAGAUGCCAUGAGAUUCGGCAAUGGAAGAUUAAAUUCGGCUAAAUUGUCCGCAAACAACUUUAUCGACCAAAAUGAGCAGGUUACGAGUGAAACGCAAAAUACAGUGACGACGGUAAUUUUUCCGGACAACGAUUCUCAACAGACGGAAGGAAGGGAAAAUACAGCUUCUUAUGAAAAAAUUCCGUUCGCAAAAUUUUUACCACCACGAACAAGGGAAACUGCACGUCUCGAAAAUGAGAGUGGACAGUCAUUUUUUGAAAAACCAAAAUUAAAUCCAGUUGAGGGGAUUUUGGAGAAAUUUUUCAAACCAACGCCAUUGAUCGAUGGAAUUAGCGAGGAUCAAAAAUACGGAAAUUCCGGCGAUAAAUUCAUUGGAGUUGGACGAGCGCUCGUCAAUGGUUUCGAGGGUCUCAGUAAUUUUCUCAAUGCAGCCGUUGAUUUCCCAGUGAAAGCGGCAAAAAACACUUCUCGAGGUAUCACUGAAGCGCUCAAUCAACUUGGAUCGAAAUUAGUAGGACUUCAAUAAAAAAAAAAGGUGUUAAAAAAUACAAAAUAACUCGAAUCAUUACAUAAUUCUAUGAAUAAAUGUAUUUGUAAAUUUUUCAUAACAUAUAAGUGUUUAAAAAUGUACAUACAGUGUCUAUAAAUCGAAAUAAAUAUAGAUAUCUUUUUCUCGUUAAAAA